AUGGCGCAAAGAGUCCAGCCCGUUGCACAGGAGAGCCCUCUCCCAAGCCUCAAUCGCUAUAUCACGACCCACGACGAUUCGACUGGAAAAGCUAUUUUCUCGAGCGCGGUUCCAGAGCAGAAUCCAACGCAAAUCAUCCCCGGAGCCGUCUUCCGCCAAGGAUAUGUCACGAAGAAGUUUCCCGCUCAAUUGAACGGGGAUGAGGAUCUGGACGCAUAUCGGUCAUUCCUAAAGUCACCUCCAGGCAUUGUGAACCAAAGUGGUACUGUGCUGCGCAUUGUUGAUAUGCACCCUGCGUUUACGUCGCCAAUGCACCGGACGGUAUCACUGGACUACGGCAUCGUGUUGGAAGGCGAGGUAGACCUGGUGUUGGACUCUGGAGAGGUUAGGACGAUGAAGCGGGGUGACAUGGCGAUCCAAAGGGGCACUAUGCAUGCGUGGAGGAACAAUCAUCCCACGGAGUGGGCGAGGGUGGCGUUUAUUCUCCAGCCUUCUGAGCCGGUUGAGGUGGGUGGCAAGAAGCUGGGGGAGGACUAUGGCGAUAUGGAAGGCGUCAAAAAGUCUGAGUAG